AUGCUGCUUCGAUCCUUUCACACACCUUCGAAACAAAUUAUUCGAGCUGCAUCAACAAAUCAAAAAUCCAUUGGUGAAUUUUUCUCUCAGCAUCUAUCAUUUCCGUUUCUUCAGUACAAAGAACAUCUUCAUGUUGCCCAUGCUGAAAAACAAUUCAUUUAUGAUACAGCUGGAAAACGUUAUUUAGAUUUCUUUGCUGGAAUUGUGACUGUUGGCGUUGGCCAUUGUCACCCAAAAUUGAUUGAAGCAGCCAAUAAGCAAAUGAAUAAAUACUGGCACUUAUCAACAUAUUAUUUACAAGAUACUGUCAAAGAUUAUGCAACAAAACUAUUAGAACAUUUCAAAGAUGACCCACAGUUAUCAGUUUGUUUGUUUGUAAAUAGUGGUUCUGAAGCAAACGAUCUUGCACUACAUUUAGCAAGAGAGUAUACGAAACAACAUGAAGUAAUAUCACUCAGAAAUUCUUAUCAUGGUGUUGUUCAAUCAACGUUAGGUUUAACAAAUAUUACUGGAUUUAAACGGCCAUAUGUUCCUGGAAGUCGAGUAGCAAUGAAUCCUGAUCCAUACCGUGGUAUUUGGGGUGGUCGUUAUUGUCGUGAUUCACCUAUUCAAACGAAUCGUUCAUGCAACUGUUCGCAAGAUCAUUGUCAAGCAUCGGAUCGAUAUGUUGAGCAACUGGAGGAAUUAUUGAAUUAUGAAGUGUCGAAAAAGAAAGUUGCUGGCAUGUGGAUUGAAUCAAUUCAAGGCUAUGGUGGUACAGUGCAAUUUCCUAAAGGUUAUGUUAAACGAGCCACGGAACUUGUACAACAAAAUGGUGGUUUAUAUGUUGCUGACGAAGUGCAAAGUGGAUUCGGUCGAACAGGAACACAUUUUUGGGGUUAUCAAGCACACGGUGCAAAACCUGAUAUAGUGGUCAUGGCCAAAGCAAUUGCAAACGGUUUUCCAUUUGCAGCCAUUGUUACUCGACCUGAAAUAGCCAAAGCGGUUGGCACAUAUUUUAACACAUACGGCGGAAAUCCGAUUGGAUGUGCUGUGGCGUCGGCCGUGCUCGAUGUUAUCAGAGAAGAAAAGUUACAAGAGAAUACUCAUCAAGUAGGCACGCACUUGUUGAAACGUUUGGCUAAAUUACGUGACCAGUUACCCGAUGCAGUUGGUGAUGUUCGAGGCAAAGGCUUCCUAAUCGGAAUGGAAAUGGUUAUGGAUAAGGAAACGCGUAAAGGUGGCAACUUCGGAAGUGUAUUUCGUAUUACACCGCCCAUGUGCAUUACGAAAGAAGAUGCAGAUUUUGCUGUUGACGUUCUCGAAGAUGCUAUCCGAAAAGAACUCUAA